GCCUUUACUUUAAUCAAGGGCCACAACAUACUGAUCACAUGGAGAGAGAGAGAGAGAGAGAGAGAGAGAGAGAUGGGAACAGAGCUUGCAAUUAGCUGCAGGACAGUAGGAGAGGGAGACGAGAGGAAGGAAGCAGAGGAGGGGGUGGAUGCAGGGGCUCUGUUCGUGCUGAAGUCGAGAGGAUCAUGGGUGCACUGUGGGUACCAUCUGACCACAUCCAUAGUCUCUCCGGUCUUUCUCAGUCUCCCCUUCUCUCUGGCCUUGCUGGGUUGGGUCCCUGGCGUCCUCUGUCUCGCCCUCGCCGCCCUCACCACUUUCUACUCCUACAACCUUCUCUCCCUUGUGUUGGAGCACCAUGCCCAGCUUGGCCACCGCCAGCUUCGAUUCCGCGACAUGGCCACCGAUAUUUUAGGAGCAGGGUGGGGAAGGUACUUCGUCGGCCCACUUCAGAUGGGGGCGUGCUAUGGCGCUGUGGUUGCUGGUUCCCUUCUUGGAGGGCAGAGCCUCAAGUUCAUUUACUUGCUGACUCAUCCAAAUGGGACACUGCAACUUUACCACUUUGUCAUAAUUUCCGGAGCAUUGACGCUAUUCUUAGCUCAAAUACCAUCCUUCCAUUCUCUGAGGCAUAUCAAUCUAGUCUCUCUGGUCUUAUGCCUUCUUUACAGCGCCUGCGCAACAGCUGGUUCAAUCUGCAUAGGAAAUUCCAAUAAUGCGCCAACAAAGGACUAUUUGGUAAAGGCAUCUGGCAUGAAUCAUAUCUUUGGUGCCUUCAAUGGAAUCUCAAUCAUCGCCACUGCAUAUGCAAGUGGAAUCAUCCCUGAAAUACAGGCAACUAUAGCACCUCCGGUCAAGGGGAAGAUGUUCAAAGGUCUGUGUAUAUGUUAUGCCAUUGUACUAACAACCUUUUUCAGUGUUGGGAUCUCUGGGUAUUGGGCAUUUGGCAACCAGGCCCAGGGAACAGUUCUUGCCAAUUUCAUGGAUGGUGAGAAGCAUGUGCUGCCCACCUGGUUUCUUUUGAUGACCAAUGUGUUCACUCUCUUGCAAAUAUUAGCAGUUAUCGCGAUUUACUUGCAACCAUUAAAUGAAGUACUCGAGAGCAUAUUUGCAAACCCAAAGAUGGAUCAAUUCUCCUUGCGCAAUGUCAUUCCGAGGUUAUUUUGCAGAACAUUGUCUGUUAUCAUAGCCACAACUUUGGCUGCAAUGCUACCUUUCUUUGGGGACAUCAUGGCACUAUUGGGGGCAUUUGCAUGCAUUCCUCUGGAUUUCAUUUUGCCAAUGGUUUUCUACAAUGCAACAUUCAAGCCCUCAAAACAGGGGCCAAUCUUUUGGGGAAACACAUUAAUUGCUGUUGUCUCCUUGGUAUCGACAGUGAUUGGAGCUGUGGCAUCAGUUCGACAAAUUGUUCUUGAUGCCAAGACUUAUCGCCUGUUUGCUAACAUGUAGUGGUAAAAAAUUAUUGCGUAUUAGUAAACUAUUAUAAAAGAAAAGAUUAAGAUGCAUUUAUCUCGAUUUCAUUCUACCAUUGGACACAUUGAAUCUUGUGUAUUUCAUCCAACAAGAGCUUGGUAUUUGGCAUAAACACAAUAGUUUCUAAA